CCAGGGAGUCGCGUCACACACUCCCUCGCCGUCGCUCCUUCGCCUCGUGUUCCUCCUUGAGACAGGAGCGCUGAGCCGGGUAACAAGAGGGCGCGCUGAACAACACCUCCAAUGACCUGUGUUGGGAAAAUAAAGUUGCCGCCUCCACGGGUAUCCAGCGCCAUUAGACUUUCUCCUCGUGGCUUUCACUGAAAUGAAAGCAGAGUCACAGAGGUCACCGAUUAAUACUUAUUUUGGCAUUUUAACAAAGUGAUUAAAGGCCCUGGGGAGGGGCGGCUCGUUUCAUAUGUAGGGAGGGCACGGCGUCCUCCCUUAACGUGAAAACUUCCCCUACCUCCCCUCCCUCUGGCCAUUUGUGUGCAAAGGACUUAAUUACAGCAAAGGAAAAGUGCGUGCGUGACGUGAUAAAUUUAGGUGUUGUGAUGUGCAGGGAAAUGUGUCCUCCAGCCCUCCCUGGGUGAAGACUUGCAGCGUGUCGGGAUGGUGAGAGACUGGAAGUGAAGAUUGACAUGGAUGAUGAAUUUACAGUUAAUCUUCCGAAUUUUUUGACUGGUGUUGAGAUGAUGGUAGGUUUUGCGGUCACAUGGUGCUCGUGAGGCAGCGACGUGUUGAUGUUGACUCAGGAGUGACUCGUGACCCCAUCAUGACUGGCGCUGGAGAAGACACCGUCAGCACCAGCCUUAGCACUCCUAAGCCCCACCAACAACAGCACCACCACCACCACCUCUCUCUCAAGUCCCUCAGGGCCUCUACUGCAUACAUCCCGGCAAAGAACGACUUCAGUUAUGUCCCCCGCACUGCUGGAGACACGCCCCCAAAACAGGGUGGCAGUAAAGGGAGCCGCCGUCAAGAGCAAGCCCCCUUGGAACGCUCUGGGAGGCAAAGAGGAAAGGAAGCUUCGAAGGCGUUACGACGAAAACAUAGCAACGUGGUCAGGUCCUACUCCUGUGAGUGUGUACGAGGAAGGGGGGAGGAGGAGGAAGAUGAGGAGGAGGAGGAGGAGAAGGUGGCGGGUCCUCAAGGCGAUGCUGGCGGCGCGGGGCUCAGUAUUCCCGCCGCCCCUGGAGCGGACGGACGUGUGUGUUCAAAGGGUAGCAGUGCACCGCGCUCCAACUCGCUUCCACAACAGUGCACCCACACCACACCCCAGCACUGCCACGGCGGGAACCACAGCUGCGGGAGUCCCGUGCACACGGGCCUGCAUGUCAACCUGAGGGAGUGUGGAUUAUUCUGCGACGAGAAACAGAAAGUGCAACGUGUGGUAAAAGUGGGUGGAGGAGAGAUACAAGUAGAGGUGAUAAGUAGUGAACUUGUGGUGAAGAGAGAGCCGCGGGAGAAUAGUGGUGACGGGAGUGUGGUGAGUGGUGCUGAUACUACUGACGAGAAACCCACCAAGAAAAAGAGGAAGUUUAUCAUUAUCCUCAAAGGCUUGCUAAGUAAAUCAAAGCGCAGUGAGAAAAAGAAGUGUGUCGAAGGUGAGAGUGGGAGGGCGAGUGUCGGCGCCGGGAAGAGUGAAGCGGUAACUCACACCAACGGUAAGAAUAAUAACAAACGUGACGUUAAGUGUGGCGGCGGUGACGGGAGGGGCGAGGCCAACAGCGGUGCUGAGCGGGAGGCGAGGCGGUGGGGUGGAGGCCAGGCGGGACGCGGAGAGACACGCCUCGACGCUGCCCGCAAGCAGCAGACUCCUCUAAGCUGUAGCAGGAAGACCGCUGCCUGUAGCAACGAGGGGGACUGUGAUUACCCUAGGACAGGAAAUCUUGACGGAAGACCCCCGAGGUCUUCGUCAAGUAGUGCUAACAGUACUUCCAGGUGCGAGGCCAAUGAUAAUACAAGGAGCGGGGGGAGCACAGAGGGAGGCUGGGAGAACAGCGCGGCCUGCCUGGGGACACGGGAGCAGCUGACUCUACUCUACCACGCAGCCCUUACCCGCUACUCCCACGUAGAAAACGGGUGGCGGGAAGACACACGUGAGAGAAGGCCGUCCAGCACCGGCCGAGAGCAGGACUGUGCAACUAAAGAAGGGUCGAGGGACGCCUUCAGUGAUGAGUCCCGAAAAGAAUGUCCAGAGUCUUCUCCAGAUGCGCAGGUAACAUCAUCCUGUGAGCGGGAGGAACUCCAUCAUCCACAACACUCCACUACCUUCACCUGUGAAGGUCAGAGUCUUAUCAACCCCUCCAUCUUCUCUAGUGACGCUUCUGAGCCUUCCCUAGAGACUCACUCCCCUGCGGACCAAGAAGGCAUUUCUCAUUCUCCCAGCGAAGCCUCAGAGUCAUUUACUGCAGGCGAACAAAGCGAGGAGUGUUCAGCAAUCACAAGUGACCCUCCAGGUGAUAGUGUUUGCCAUCAGAGUGAAAACUGCCACCAAAACGUAAAACUUGAGUAUAGUGUUUCGCCCGAGGCAUCGCCUAGCCAGGAGGACGACACACCUGGUCGUGAGGCAAUCAGCCCUCAGGGGCCAGACACAAGCCCCGUACAUCCGCUGCUUAGCUCGGCUGGGGCGGCCUCAGACACCGCGUGUAAAGCAGUCAGCAAACGUGACUGUGCCGCCUCCGCACUCACCACCCCCCAUUAUGAUGCUGCUGACGGUGUGUUGAAUGAUGAUGAUGAACUCAAUAGUGAUGACAGUGAGGAGGAAUGUUCUGGAUCAAGUGUGAGGCUCAGUUGCCUUCCCGCUGUCCCCCCUUACGAGGAAAGGAGUGAGCCUGCGGAAGGCGGUCAGAGUGACUCAGAAAGUGAUGCAGACAACAGUGAGUCAGACAGUGACAGCAGUGUUGACUACGACAUUCCUCCGGUCGAUGACAGGAUUUACGACCCGCAGUUUGAUCCUUACUUCUACCAAGGCAGCAUAUCUCUGGAUGACGUACCGGACGACCAACCCAUAGACUACCCGUGUCCUUACGACAUCAAUGGUGACUAUCUGGGAGCCAGACAAUUCACUCCGCACUUCUCUUAUUUGGACCAUUGGAGCGGUUCCGUCGUCACCGCCCCGGGGGAUUUGUACCGCAGCCAGAGCCAGCCCGAAGCUGUCACCCAGGACCAACCACUCGACGGUGACGCCCCGCUACACGUCUUCCUCAGUCAGCCCAUCCCCACCCAGGCCCUUCCCGGUUUCUCCCUCGAGAACAGUCUCUUACGACCCAGGAAACAGGGCCAGUUUAGCUCUUUGUGCAGCUUUGGCGGGUCGCAGCUGUACACCAUCACCGAGGAGGUUGAGUACGACGAUACCUAUGACGAUUUCUACUCUAGAAGGAACUACUCUGAGUCUAAUUUGUACUUUAAGGGCGCCGAGGAUCUGCUCCCCGAUCCUCAUUUCAUAAGGGCAGACCUUUACUACGGGGACACAGACUCUGACGCUACUGUUCACAGUGAAUCAUCAGACGAGCGAGAUUCAACGGAAACACUUGAUCAAGACACACAGUCUUGGGAAAUACUUGAGCCAGACCAAUCAUUGCACACUUCUCAGCUUAAUCUGGCAGAUUCCAUCGUUCUUGAAGCAGUGGCCGAGAGGGAUUCUUCAGAAGAGUUAGUCGCCGUCGAGAGGGAAAAGCUGGACGGGGACAGCGGGACGCGCGAGAAUUCACCGCAGCCCGGGAGUGAGUGUCCCGGCACCGAGUAUCCCGAUGAGUUCUUCUUGUUUUGCUCCGAGGCGGAGGUCACCGGGGUGGACGUGAUGGAGAGUGUGGACGUGCUGCCUUACAACAAUAGUAAAGGAGAUUUUACAUACUUCAAAGUGGAAAAUAAAACUACAGAUAGAAACAGUCCUGUCGACCACGACUUCCUUCUGGAGAGUUACAGCUGCAGGACAACAAUGAGUAGCAGGGACUCCACAUCCACUACUGGCCUGGACCUCCACAAUGCCUGGCAGGUUGGGCUUAACGGCACCCCCGACCCCAGGAAGGGACCGUCCUCACACGUGUACCAAAACAUCCCUCUUAACCGCCGCAUUUCAAAGUCUAAUCCAGAUUUGGCUCUAGGUGAUGACGAGGUUGAUCAAGGCCGAGUCAUGACCCGGCCCAUCUACCAGAACGUGCCAGUACCGGCCAAGAGGCACCACACGCCGGGUAGGGAUUCUGGCAGGGGACUGGACAAUCUGCGCUCCCGUGACAGCAACAGUAACUACUAUGAUGACUGGACGAGAGGCUCGGGGCCGCAGGUCACGUCUCCGUACAUGAAUGUGCCCCACAACGGACACGGGAGUGACAACUCGCUACACAACCUGAAUUCCUUCAGGUCCUCGAGUUCACUGUCGAGCUCCCUGAGUGACGGUCUGGACCGUGUGGUGUCCAAUGGUCACAGUGAGGAGCAGCGCUCCAGCUCCGGUUCCCUCUAUGAUGACCAAAGAACCAGCCCAGAUUUGAGAUAUGUCGGCCGCUCCCUCGUCCCGCCCUCACGCGCCUUCAGGGGCGGCUCAGUGGCCGAGUCGUCGUCGUCUGGCAGCUUCACCGCCUACGCCUCUAACACCAGCCUCGACCACGACACCUUUUCCAAGACCUCCAAGAUUUAUAAAUGGAAUGGUUCUUCCUCCGUGUCAGACCUGACCUCCCUUAGCCGUGACUUGAGUUCCACCUCGUCUGACCUCAGCAGAGGUUCGGCCUCGGCCUGUGACCUGACCCAGGUGGGAGGAGAGGAGGACUGGGGGAAUGAAGCACCUCUCGGUGAAACCAGCUACGCCGCCUGGUGUGCAAGGGUCCAGAACGACGACGGUGACGACCAGGACUUCGUAACGACACUGGGCCACCGAGACACCUCGCCCUUCGUCUUCACGCCCCAUCAAAGCUGGACCUUCAGGGCGGGGCCUCCGUUCGUCUUGCAUCACUCCCCAUCACUCUCAUCACCCGCGGCUUCAUAUGAGGCAGCCAAACAACAACCCAGACAGUCAACAGAAGCAGUGCAUGUAUUGCGUAAAAUAUACACGAGUGUUUGCUAAGACUUUUAUGUAAGUUUGUGUGUUUUAUUACUACACUUUUUUCCUCCAAUUCUGAUAUUAAAAGCGGGUAAAAAGAAAGUGUGUAACUCUCCCAUUAGAUUCCAAAUUGUAAAUGGUUUGAAGUGUAUAGCAACAUGCGCAGCUUAUGUCGAGUUAAUGCUAUUAUGUUUUUACUUUCAUGUGAGAAAGGAAAUAAAAUAUAUACUGCAACUACAAAUACAGAUACUGCCUUAUAGAAAUUUUACCUCACUCAGGCUUACUAGUAAAAACGAACAACAACAACAAAAAAAAAGUAAAUAAACUGGUGACGUUAUGACACUUAUUUUUUCUCAUAUUUAUCGGUAACACAGACAAAAAUGAAGAGAGAAACCAUAACAUCAUAACAUUUUCACCUCAAGUCUACAUACCACAAAAAUUCACGGAAAAUUCAGAGCAAGACUGGAACAACACCAUAAAUCUUUACUUAUGUACACCCCAUGUCACUCUUCCGUCCCACACACACUCGAAAGCCGCAUCUAGCUCCCUUCAUAACAAUCCACGCAUACGUCACUCCUCAGUGCUCGCUCUUCGCAUUACCUCCCUCCGAUUAGCUAAGGUUUAUGUGAUCUUGCGAGAAGCACCAGUGGACGCACAAUGGAAGGAGGAGGAGGAGACAGGGUGGGGGGUAGGAGAGAACAGAACGGCCCCCCGCUGUCCAGACCUGCAGAGAGUGACACAUGACCCCCUUGCGCGACCUCACCUGACCCGCAGUUGCAUCAGGUAAGGAGGGAGGGAGGAGGAGGAGGGAAUUGAAAGGAGAAUGAAAAGGAGGGUACGGACCAAGAGGAGGGAAGUGUAAGAAGGAAGAGGUAGAAAGUGAAAGAGGGAAAAGAGGAGUAAGGAAUGCCACGAUGAGGGAAGUGAAAGAAGGAAAAAGAGAGGAAAAAUAAAAAGGGAGGGAAGGAGGUGCAGGAGGGAGGGUUCAAUGCAGAGGUGUGUGGUGAGGUGAGGUGAGGUGAGCUAAGGAGGGGGAGAGGGGUUGACUCAAGCCUCUCGUAUCCUCGUCCUCCCUCCCUCGCCCCUACACCUUCCCGCCCCACGGACAGCCAGGUGAGAGUUACAGCCACACUCCAGCAGCCACACCCUCCGCGCCGCCCGGACCCGCGUCGUGUUACUGUUGUUGUCACUGCUGUUGUUUCUCUCGGUUUUUUCGCUUGUACAACCACCACCGCUCGUUUCUCCCAUUCACUCCCCUUCCCCCCUUCGCCUCCUGUCGUCUCCUCUCCUCUUCUCUCCUCGUCUCUUCUCUUCCUUCCAAGCCAUAACAUCAACAGUCUCACCGUCUGCAUUUUUUGUCUCUCUUCCUCUCUUUUUUACCACUAUUGCUUCAAAAUUUCCAGGUUUCUUGAGGCUUUCCAUUGCCAGCCUCACGCACCACAGCAUGCACGAAAAAUACAAUAGUGAUAAUAACACGUGCGUCAUGAUUAUUUUGCUGUCCUUAUUUGGCACGGACAUAAUAAAAAAAAGUUCCUGUACUUGUACGUAUCGUGUUACAGUUCUAGUCCAGGUGUGUGUGUGUGUGUGUGUGUGUGUGUGUGUGUGUGUGUGUGUGUGUGUGUGUGUGUGUGUGUGUGUGUGUGUGUGUGUGUGUACAACGUAGACGCAAUAUAGCUACACAUACACACACAAAAAAAAAUACUGACUAGCAGAACACACACACACACACACACACACACACACACACACGAACCAUCCCUAGAUACACUAUCAGCACGGCGGGGAAGAUUAUUUUGGAACGAGAGGAAUCCACCUAGCUCACCUGCCUCACCUGCCUCACCUGCCUCAUCUCCUCCUUCCUUCUCCCAAACCUGCUGCCUCGCCGCGCCCCGCUGUCCCUUCCCUUCCUGGCCUGCCAUAUAUGCCUCACACUUCCCGGCCUCGCCCCGAGUCGCCUCACACCUCCUGCAUCUAGAUGGAGCAGGCAGGAAUUUGAAGGUCUAGUGGUGGUGGUGCUCGUGUUGGUGGUGGUUGUGGUAGUGAUGGUGGUAGUAGUGGUAGUAGUAGUGGUGGUAGGGACAUCUAACAUUCAUGAGGUGUCUGGUGGGCAACCACAAUUACUACAAGGCCGGUCGGUCGCUUCCCCUCCCCCAGGUUGUACGGGUGAAGUGAGGUGAGGUUAGGGAGGCAGGCAGGGUGAGGGGAGAAGGGGAGAAAGAUGCGCAGGCACGGAAGUGUGUGUGUGGGAGUAGAGGAAUUAACAAAUGACUCGAUGAAUAUGAUUGAGAAACAGAUGCACGCACGCGCGCACUCACACACACACAAAUACACAUUCAAACACACACACACACACACACACACACACACACACACACACACACACACACACACACACACACACACACACACACACACACACACACACACACACACACACA